AUGUCUAGCGGUGCAUAUUGCCGGAUAGAAAUAUCCUGCCUCGAAGGCAGGGCUCAGUCGGUCCGGUUUCGCCAAAAGCUAUUUCACUCUCUCUACAACGCUCUCAAGUCGUCAGCUUCAGCUCUAAGAGAGGCUAUAGCCGCGGACAGUGGCAAUGGCGAAGCAGAAGUCGCGCUUGAACUAGCUCUGGCCCUCUCGGAGUUGCGUACACAUUACGACACGCUGAAUCUCGAGGAGGAACUGAAGGAGCAGCGGUCGCUGGAGAAUCUAAACGCCACUACAAACAUAGGAAUCAUUUACGUGAUUCCUGCAAAGCAAAACCUCUACUACUCUGUCAUAUCGGCACUCACGGCGGCUUUGGCAGCAGGAAACUGUGUAAUUGUCGAGCUACCUCCGACUCUGACUCAAGUCUCUGGAUUGUUGCGCAAAAUCCUUCCCUCUGCAUUGGACGCGGACGUCUUUACGAUCAGCAGCACAAGACCAUCAGAAACAUUCCUGUCGAAAUGCCGUGUUCUUGCGCAGACCGAUGAAGACCAAGCGACAAGCAGUCCUUCUCAGCUCUCAGCAAAGGUAGUGGCAGUCGUUGACAGAACUGCGAAUGUGUCUGAAGCCGCAUCAGUAGUCAGCACCUCUCGAGUAUCAUUCAAUGGCCGGUCUGCUUACGCCCCAGACAUUGUACUCGUCAACGAGUUUGUAGCAGACGACUUCUUAUUCCAUCUCGUCCAAGCUAUUACUUCACCAAUGUCGACAACGAGUCCUACAGCUUCUCAAGCUCGGUCUAAAACGCAACCCGAUCCCCAAUCACCAACAAUGAAAGAAGUCGAGAACACCGAAGGGCUAAGAAUCAUCAUGUCAGGAGCAAACGGAAGCAUUGUCGAAGUCAGGGACAGGACAAAAGUUGCCUUGGGACGCAGGAUUGCAGGUCGAGUCAUCAUGGUCUGUCGAAUCACUAGUCUUGAUGACGCUAUCGAUCUGUGCAAUGGCUUUGGAACGCCUCUCGAGGCAUCAUAUGCCUUUGCUGCACCGACUGAGGCGAAUUACCUGGCUAGGUUCAUUGAUGCACGCAUCUCCUGCGUAAAUCAUAUCCCAACCGAACUGCUCAUUGGCCCAUUUGCCCCAAAGCAUCCAACCAUAGCGCCGAGUCCAUCACCCCGAUAUCCUUCUACCUUGUUCCGCUCUCCACGACCGCGGCUUGCUCAAGCGUCAAAUCUGACCGAGAUCUGUCGUGAAAUAAUUCGUUCGAGAUCGACGAAAUCGCUCGAAUCUUGGGCUCGGGCGACCAUGGAGCCUCCUCUUCCAGCCAUAAAACAAGCAGAUGGAAGAGCGACUGGCUUCUUUGAUCAAGCGUUGAUGGUUAUUGGCGGUACGGCUGUCUCAGUGCUGGCAGGCAGCGCCUAUAUUUUGUUUCGAGUUUUGAGGAAACGGUGA